GAAAUAUUCUUUAUCUUUCUCGUCAUUCGUCUGUACCUUAUUAGCACUGAUUAGCCGUUGCGCCUCUGGUCCAGCACUUUCUGUCACAUUUGUAGUGUCAGCCUGUUCUAUUUUUUGUCACGUUUUAGGUUUUUCUCCAGGAAAAAACAUGGACACAGGAGAAAUGAAGAAGAAAAUAACAGCAGAGUUCUGUCCUUACAGAAAGGAACGUCUGAGGCAAGUUCUGCUGUGACCCACUGAACUGUCCAUGGCACGUGUUCUUUCCCUGUUUCGGCCUCAGCCUUUUCUGGCCCUGGUGAGCAGGAGAAAACCUACAUUGUGCAAAAUGUCAAUGGACUCAAGGGCACGCAAGGUGUUUGCAGCUGCGGUGGAAGCUGUGCAGCCAGACACGGUGGUCCGGCAGAGUAUAGAACGCACGGAGGACUCGGUCAUUAUUAAUGGUCACAAAUUUACACUCAAACACAACCUUUACUUGGUGGGCUUUGGAAAAGCUGUACUGGGUAUGGCUGCAGAGGCAGAGAGGAUUGUGGGGGAUCAUUUAGUGAAAGGAGUAAUAAGCGUGCCACAUGGGAUUCAGCAGAUACUACAACAGCAUGGAAAAGACCAUCUCUUGUUAAAAGAAAACAGCCGCAUUAGAGUAAUGGAGGGAGCUAAACACAACUUGCCUGAUGUUGAUGCCCAGAAGGCAGCUGAAGCGAUCAAGCAGUUAGCCAGUGAACUGACAGAGAAAGACCUGCUGCUUGUACUGAUUUCAGGUGGAGGCUCUGCGCUAUUACCUGCACCCAUCCCACCAAUCUCAUUGCAAGAGAAACACGAUGUUACCCGCAAACUUGCAGGUGCUGGUGCCACUAUUCAAGAGCUGAACACUGUGCGACGAGCCCUGUCUUUCUUAAAGGGUGGAGGGCUUGCACAUUAUGCUCACCCUGCCCAGGUGGUUUCACUGAUAUUGUCCGAUGUAAUUGGGGACCCUGUGGAUUUGAUAGCCAGUGGCCCCACAGUGUGGAGUGAGGUGUGGCCUGAAGAAGUUUUGUCAAUCCUUGAACGUUACAAGCUGUUGAACUCUCUACCAGCCUCAGUAAAGGAUGUCCUCGGAAGACCACGUCCCAGGUGGAGGGAGAAUAAAGGUGAAUCUAAUACAUCAGGACAUGUUCUCAACGCUGUGAUUGGCUCCAACAGCAUUGCCCUGAAGUGUGCAAGUCGCCGUGCCCGAGAGUUAGGUUUCCGCCCUCUUGUGCUGGCACCAGGAGUGUGUGGCGAUGUAAGGUCAGUCUCCAGACUAUACGGCCUCCUGGCCCGCUUUGCCUGUUCUCAAGAGGAACCUCCUCCAGAGAUUGCCGCUGAGCUGCUGAAGCUGGGGCCUGAAGUAGGUGUGGAGAGCUGGGACCUCUGCCGUACCAUGCAGGUCUUGGGUGAAGGGCGUACAGAAGGAUGGGGUUCCACAUGUCUCUUAGCUGGAGGUGAGCCCACUGUGGAGCUGACAGGCAACGGUCGAGGUGGUCGAAAUCAGGAGCUGGCUCUGCGAGUGGGACUGGAGCUGAGAGGCCUGAAGCUUCCGCCUAAUGGCCCUGUCUUCCUGAGUGGUGGAACUGAUGGUCAGGAUGGACCCACUGAGGCAGCAGGAGCCAUCACUGAUUGGGGGGUGUAUGAAGAGGCACAAGCAAAGGGGCUGGACAUUGACAACUUCCUUGCCAACAAUGAUUCUUACACAUUUUUUACACGUCUUUCUGCUGGGCAGCGCUUACUUGUACCUGGCCUAACCUGCACCAAUGUGAUGGAUGUGCACAUGCUACUUAUCCCACCAAUUCCCCAAUAACAUAUUAUAAUUCCAAAGCACACACAAUAAAUGAUCUAAGUCCAGUGGAUCUGGAUUAAUAAAGUACUUUAUCAGUCUGUUUAACUUGGAAUUGUAGUACUCUUAUUUAACUCUACCCAAACAUGUUUGGCCUAUACCUGUGAAACCCUUUCUAAACCCGUUAUGAAAGCAAGACUGGUAUUGCUAUAUUAAAUGCUAACAACCACAAAAUAUAAGAUAGGAGUGAAAUAAAAAAAAGUUUUCUCUUCAGCUUUUACCCAGGAACAAUAAGCUCUUAAAUAGUAAACUUGCUGAUUUAUCUUUUGAAAAUCAAUUCAAAAUCUUUUUGUACAAACCAGCUCUAGCAAGUAGAUACAUAAAUGACAUCAGUAUUU